AUGGUAACGUGCGCUAAGUUGCAGCAGUCGUGUCAAAGUUCACUAUAUAGAGAGCUCAGUGAGCUGAUCAGAGAGAAAGCAUUCUGCCAGCCCGGCUCCUACCAAUCGCAAAUCACUUCCUAACCUCCGCCUUUUUAACAUAUUUGAUCACUUUGAUUCUCUACUCCUUUUUCCUAUUAUUUUUCAGUGCACGGAGGAGGUUUGUAGGUUGUGAUCUUUGUUUUUUUGUUUUUUGUUUUUAGUGCUUUCGCUUUUUUGGGAGAGUUGUCUUCAUAUUCCAGGCUCUCAAAAACAUUGGCUUCAGCUGCGCGCUUGCUGGCGCUACCUCACAAGAAGAAAAGGAAGAAGACGCACAUUUUUUUUACCCAGUUGGUGAUUUUCUUCAAGACUUGUGCUGGAACUUGAUAGUAGCUGCUACAGUGUGUGCUCUCACCAAUUGUUUUAUGCUGCUGCAGGCACGGUGUUCCCAACCUGCUCCAUCCUCCACUGACUAGUCCAUGCUACCUCGGUUGAUGAUUUGAACAUUGAACCUACCUUUCCCAUUGAUGGGUGUACUGGAUGGCUGACUGGAAGCGCCCCUGGACUUGGCCUUUAAGCGCAAGGCAGCGACUCAGCUCGCCAUCGCAUCAGUUUUGAAAACGUGCUUCGCAACGUCUCCAACAGCAAUAAAUCGACAGUUUUUCGGGAGAUUCAGAGUGGAUUCAACGUAGGCUAGAAUUGACAUUUUGUAUGUUCGCCUUUUAAUCUCAGUUGUUGUGUUUUUUUUUGACCGCGUUUCCUUCAGACAUUAUUCACCGCGACAAGCAAAACGGCAGACAAAAAGUUUCUUUCCGUUGACUGAUAGAUAUGGCAAUGGUAGUGUGGAGAGGCUCCCAGGACGAUGUGGCUGACACCCAAGGCACCCUUUCCUCGCAAACCCAAGGAGGACUAUCUCUUCCUACCCCUCAACCAGGCCAGUUGAAUCUGACAGCCUCUCAGGUCGCCCCUCCGACCCCUCAGACUCCGGUCCAAGGACCCCCGAACAACACACAGUCCACGCCGACGAACCAGACGACGCAGCAGUCGGAGAAACAGCCCCAGCACAUUGAAUGCGUGGUGUGUGGGGAUAAAUCUAGUGGCAAACACUAUGGCCAGUUUACUUGCGAGGGGUGCAAAAGCUUCUUCAAACGGAGCGUACGACGGAACCUCACUUACACAUGCCGUGCCAACAGGAAUUGUCCAAUCGACCAACACCACCGCAAUCAGUGUCAGUACUGCCGCCUCAAAAAAUGCCUUAAAGUCGGCAUGAGACGGGAAGUUUCUCUUUUUACUGCAGCCGUGCAAAGGGGACGGGUGCCACCCACACAGCCACACCAUGGUCAGUUCGCCUUGACAAAUGGAGACCCACUCCACUGCCAUUCCUACUUAUCCGGAUAUAUCUCUCUUCUGUUGAGAGCGGAGCCCUACCCGACGUCCCGGUAUGGCAGUCAAUGCAUGCAACCCAACAACAUAAUGGGCAUCGAGAACAUUUGUGAACUGGCAGCCAGGAUGCUCUUCAGUGCAGUGGAGUGGGCCAGGAAUAUUCCCUUCUUUCCAGACCUUCAGAUCACAGACCAGGUGGCUCUGCUGAGGUUGACGUGGAGUGAGUUAUUUGUGCUCAACGCCGCACAGUGCUCCAUGCCCCUGCAUGUGGCUCCUCUCCUGGCGGCGGCUGGCCUUCACGCCUCCCCCAUGUCUGCGGACAGAGUGGUGGCCUUUAUGGACCACAUUAGGAUCUUCCAAGAACAAGUGGAAAAGCUCAAAGCUUUGCACGUUGACUCUGCUGAAUAUAGCUGCUUAAAGGCAAUUGUGCUCUUCACCACAGAUGCUUGUGGCCUCUCAGAUGUGGCCCAUGUGGAAAGUUUGCAGGAGAAGUCCCAGUGCGCCCUGGAGGAAUAUGUCCGGAGCCAGUAUCCCAACCAGCCAACACGGUUUGGGAAGUUGUUACUCCGCUUGCCUUCCCUGCGCACAGUCUCUUCCUCGGUCAUAGAACAAUUAUUUUUCGUCCGAUUGGUAGGUAAAACCCCAAUUGAAACUCUCAUCAGGGAUAUGUUGCUUUCGGGGAGCAGUUUUAACUGGCCUUACAUGUCAAUUCAGUAAACCAAGAAGGAGACGAACAAACAAAAGGUGGGGUUGGGGGGCUGCGAGACUACAAUGAUUAUAGCUGCUUUUGUGGAAGGAAUAAAAAACCAACCGGCUGUUACACGGGGCUGGCUUUCAUGAAGAAAGACACUGACGUAAAUGACUGUGAAUUCCCCCCCUACUCCAAAAAAAAAAAAAGAAAAAAAAAAAAAAUUGAGACAUCCACUGAACUUUCAAAAUGGCAGAUACAAGCUCCCAGUGUUCACGCAGAACAACCUGCUUCGAUCCAUUUUUUUUAAUGAAAGAAGAAAACGAGAAAAAGGGAAAGGGAUUUUUGUUGAUCCUCAUGAGGAAAAUUUAAGUAUUAAGUGCAUUUAAAAAUGAUAAUUUGAGUAAAAAGAAAAAACAAACUGGAGAAAGGGAAAAUACGAAACGUGAAUUUUCUUUUCUCAGAUGACUUGUCCUGUGUCCAUGUAUAGCUGUGUUUUGUACUUUCUUUGUUCCUCCUUUCUGGUUCCAAACCGGCCUAUGUGAUUUCUGUAGUACAGGUGGUGUUAUUUUCUAAGACAAUGAUUUAUUUUGAAAAGGUGAAAUAAUGUACAAAAAAAAAUGUUCUAAAAAGAAGUAAAAACCACAGCAAUAGGAGUAUAGGCUUAUAAUCUAGGCUUAAUGCUGCAAGCGCACUUACAUUCAUAUAGGAUGACCAAUACCAUCUGGAAAAAAAGGGGUUUUUGGAGUUCAUGUUCAACUUUAUGACCCAGCGGAAACAUUUGCUCUUUAUUAAUAUGAAGUUACAGGGUCCACUUGUUUUCCACUACUGUUUUCUGAGUAAAGCCACAUAAGCGCUCCUAAAAUAUGGAUUUGUUAGUUUGACGCGUACACGAUCCAAAUGAUUUGGUGCAUAGUCUUCCCCACCCAUUUUUACCCAUUUAAAAAAAAAAAAAAAUUGGCAUCAGUUCCCCAAUUUCUAAAGUAACUGACAGUGAAAAUGUAAAAAU